AUGAAAAUAUGACGAGGAGGAGUCGAAGACAAGUCCGGGGAAAAUCGAGGGUGCCUCCGUCCAAAUCAAAAACUCUCUCGAGAAAGGUGACAAGUUGCAAAAAAAUCCAUGCAAGGAGAAAAAAUCUUUUGUUCAAGAGCAGCAAGAAAGAUACUAUCUCAGUAAAGAAAAUCCGAAAGGUCGAGAAGACUCUGCCCCAAGAUGAAGUGAAAAAAGAGGCAACAGCUGAGCUGCCUCCCCAGGAUAAAGAAGAACCUAUUGAUCUUGUCGCAAUCCCUGAAGAUGAAAAGGGGAAACGUGAGUCGGAAGUCAGCCUCGACUCAGGGGAGAAGGAGGCAGAGGAGACACUUGUUACAGAGGGGGGAAAAUUGAUGGAAAUUGAAGUGAAAGUUUCUAACGAAAAUCCUAGCAAUGAUUCGAAAAACAAUGUACAGGAACGAGAUCUUCCCAUUGAUUCCGAAUUGAAUGAUGAGAAAAACAUGAAUGAAUCGACCCAAGCAACUCCUCCUCUAGUCUCUGCUGAUGCUGCAGAAGAUGAGAAGAAUUCUUCAACUAUUUGUACGGUAUGCAACAUAGAGACUGACUCCUCCUCCUCGCUGACACUCCACAUGAAGCAACAUUGCAUCACCAACAAUCAAACUCACCAGUGCCUGAUAUGCCACAAGUCCCUCAGCUCGGCCAGUUCCCUGGACCGCCAUAUGUUGGUGCAUUCCGGAGAGAGGCCCUUCAAGUGCAAACUGUGUGACAUGUCAUUUACUACUAAUGGGAACAUGCACCGACACAUGCGCACGCACACAGAUUGCACAGAUGCAACCUCUCUGGACCUCCGAAAGAAAGAGCUGAAGCCGAGAUCCGACGAAAUGGACAGCCCAACAAAAGCAGAUGAAGAGAAACUAUAUUGUCCCGUGUGUGGAAAGUCAUUUCUGUGUAAAUACGGUCUCCAGAGCCACAUGGAGACCCAUCCUAACGAUCCUAUCCUCUGCCAAAAGUGUGAUACGUUGUCCAUCAACUACACGGCUCAUGCUGAUCACAAAUGCAAUAUUCUACAGCCCAAUACACGUCUGAACUGUUACCAUUCCUAUCCUCUUGGGUUUCAAGAUCUAACUUUCAUGGAUUUUACAGCAGAUAAGUUUUCUUUGGUGUCGAAGUCCUUUUGUGAGCAAAAUAUCAAACAUCCAAGCAGUGCCUUUCACGUUUUUAAAUGUUCUGAGUGCAAAAAAGCUUUUCCUUGUGGACGUGCCUUAAAACUCCAUCAAAGAGUUCACGAGAGCAAGAUUGGGACUUUCUGUCCCAGUUGUCAGUGCGAUUUUGCCGCCGCUUCCUUUCUGCAGCUGCACCAGCUGAAACACAGAUCUCCGGAACACUGCUUCAACAACACUUUUCAUGGUGACGAGGCUGACCCUGAGCAUGAUUGUGUUCCACAGGGAGGAAAGGAAGACUUUUUGGCUCUGUUGAAUCUCCAUACAAAGCAAUCACAAAUUUCAGUUUUAAAGAGCUUAAAGUCCAGUAAAGUAGACGAAGAUAAUUUUGAAAACAUGGAUUAUUUUGUUCAUGGAAAAGUCAUGAAAAGGGAGCAAAAGUUGACAGAUUCUGAAGGGAGUACCAAUAAUGAUUUUGCUGACAUCCAGUCCAUAAUAUCAUUGACCUCUAAAGCUCCAUUGAUAACAGCUGCUCAGACCUCCCCUGUUGCUGUUCGUCCAGCCUCGCCAGUAGGUCCGACCUCCCACCAGCCUAACUCCCCAAAAGAAGCUGAAAUGGCGAAUGCAAGUCCUGAACCACCAUCAAAAGACGAUGUUGACAUUUCUGACGACAAUCAAGACGCAGGAGAUGAUGAUUUAGGAGAACAUUAUGGAAAUUAUUCUUGUAAAAUUUGCUCUCAAUCUUUCAAAAAUAUGAGCACUCUUAAAAGACAUAGUAAAUUACAUGUUCAAAGGGGUUCAAACUAUUCCUGUCACCUGUGCGCUUAUGUGAGUGUCGAUAAAAGCACGCUCAUACGCCAUUUGAGAACACAUAACGGGGAGAGGCCUUUUCAAUGUGUGAUAUGCAAGUAUGCGUUCACUACAAAAGCAAACUGUGAACGGCAUGUCAGAAAACGGCACAAAAAGUUCACAAAAAUGGAAAUAAGAAAUUCCAUGCAGUAUAAUCCAAAUAUGUCUCUCAGAGGAUCUGAUCCCACAGCCUCUGAUAUCAGUAACUCUGAAACAGUAUGCAAGUAUUGUGGGAUGGAUUUCAAGUUCAACAGAGUCUUGAGGCAUCAUUUGAGAUCCUUACACAACAGCUGCAACCGAAAGCCUUUCAGUUGCAAAAUUUGCAAGUUUGGUUUUUCCACUAAAAAUAACUGCAUUAGACAUGUCUUGAAACAGCAUCCAAAUCUUAAAGAUAAAUUAAGAUCUGUUGUUGUUCAUAAUUCCCAAAUUUCUCAAGCAAGCAGAAUGGAACACACAAGUGGCACGGACAAUUCGAAUUCAUCAGUUAAUCAAACGACAAAUAGUAGUCAAUCCCCACCUGUUGAGCAAGUUUUGCCACUGGAUCUUCAUUGUAAUCAUUCCAAUAAGCCAUCAGAUCAGCAGAAAGAGAAACCUAGCAGGGAUCUGAAUUCUAACGAAGCAGUUAUUGCAGCUGAAAGUCUGGUCAGUUUGUCAGAAGCCCCACCUCUUCAGGAAGAACCCCUGGACUUAGCUGCUCGUCCUUUAGACUUGACAUGUAAACCUUUAUCUGCUGUGACCAAAAAACCAGACCCGAAACCUUGCAACAUAUACAAUGCUCCUCCAGUGAAUUGCAGAGCAUCAGAAGUGGUAGAUUUGACAGUGCCUGAUGUCAUUGCAUUGAAAAAAAUACCGCCACAAAUAUCACCUCUGCCGAUGACGACAGUGAAAUGUCCGAAGCCUCCAGAAAACCAUUCCCAGAAUGAAACACCCCUCACCUCUGCUGGCCAGAAGCAGCGUUCCUUUACUUGCAUCUACUGCUCAGCAGGAUUCACCCUUAAAUCUAACAUGGAGCGACACAUCAAAAGGAAACAUCCCGAAUUUGCCAGACCCACGAGGAGUCGAAACUUUAUUCCAAGCAUUGUCAACCCUGGUUUACAAAAGCAGAGCCCCACAAUGCUGUCAGACAAAACAAGAGAUGCCCUGAGAAAUGUACUCAGCAACAAAGUACAACAGGUACCGGUUUUCAAAAACAUGAACACUUUUCCUAAGGUAAACACUUAUAAAAUUAUCAAUCCUGCCAAUACUUUUACAGCUCCCCCUCAAAAGACCACUAUGAAUCUUUCCUUGGAUUUGAGUGACAGAGCAAAAAAAGUUACCAUUGUUGAUUUGAACACCUCUAAUAUCUUGAAAUUGGCCCAAAAUAAUGAAGAAAAUUGUUCGGACUUAGCUAGCGUUUCAUCUCUCAUUUGCACAGCAAAUUCACCCCAAUUUAAGCAGUACCUAGAAAAAUCCUCUGAAGUGGAAAAAAUGGACAUUGAUGGCCAAAAGCAAAACAACUCUUCAAAAGAAGUUAAAAAAAAUGAAAUACCUUCUGUUUCUUGUCCCUUCUGCGACAGAAAAUUCCCAUGGACAAGUUCUUUGAGGCGUCAUAUCCUGACGCAUACUGGACAGAAGCCGUUCAAAUGUCCGAAAUGCUCUCUUUGGUUCACAACCAAAUCCAACUGUGAACGGCAUUUGGUCAGGAAACAUGGCCACAGAGGAGAACUGAUCACAAGGAGCGUGCCGGAUAGACCUUACAAGUGCAAUCACUGUCUGACCAGCACCUUCUCCACUCAAGGCAAUCUCCGUAAACACUUCUACUUGAAGCACUGGACUAAGAGUUACUUAGGAAUGAAUUGCAAACCUAUACCAACAAACAAGAAAGCAGACGAUGAUGUUAUGUCCACACAUUCCAUGGAAGACCAGUGUACGCCUGCUGCUGUUGCAACAAAGGAGCACAGCUAUAGCCAGCCUAGUGGCUCAUUCGCUUGCCAGUUUUGUAAUGAUCGUUUUGAAUCUUUAAGUGGACUAGGUUCUCACAUGUCAAAGCACAACAACAUCAUUUACAUGUGCUACUUGUGCCGGAAGACAUUCCCGAAUCACGCAAUUUGUUACAACCACUUCAAGACAUCCCACUCUCUAGUAUACAUACAGAUACUUCAGAACGAUAAAGUGUGCUUGAAUUCUAUGGAAGAAAAUAAUAAUGAAGAAGUUCCAGCUAGUGCUCCUGGUGGCAAAGGCACAUCUAUAGCUUGCAUGGUUUGUUUUCAGAAAAUGUGUUCAGUUGAAAGCUUGCAGCAGCAUUUCAAAAAGCAUUUGGUGAAAGACAAGGUUGUUGAUGAGCAAGAACGUUCGAUUCCUCAAGUCCCACCAGAUGUGUCUGUUCUUGCUAGUGAAAUCCCUGUUCCGGCAUCCCCGAGAAAAGGGAGGCCUCCGAAGAGCAAGGUAAAAAAUUCCCUUUUAUACCUCUUCACCCCAGGUUCAUCCACCGGCAAGUUGCAGCGCAGCUCAUCAUCGAAAUUGGAGAUGGUAUCUCCAGAAGAGGGCUCCGAUUUAAUCCAGAACUUGUUGGGGAUUCAUGAUUCAAAAAUGAUUGAUGAAAUGUUAGUAUCUGCUGAUUCCGCCGCUCGCCUUUUAGGCGUUAAGGAGGUGUAA